GGAGGAGGGUGGCGGCGGGGCAUGGCGGCAGCGCGCCGCCCGAGCGGCGGGGCGCCGCGGCGGCCCCCGCAGGACGGCCGGCUGGAGGCCAUCAACCAGGAGUUUCUCUGUGAUCCAAAGUUCAGUGAUGAAGAAGAUCUGGAGGAGAAGUUGGCUGUGUUCAAAGAGAAGUACAUGGAGUUUGACCUGAAUAAUCAAGGCGAGAUUGAUUUGAUGUCUGUCAAAAGGAUGAUGGAAAAAAUGGGGGCUCCAAAGACCCAUCUAGAACUGAAGAAGAUGAUCUCUGAGGUGACUGGAGGGGUUAGCGAGACCAUCUCAUACCAGGACUUCGUCAAUGUAAUGCUCGGCAAACGCUCUGCUGUACUUAAACUGGUCAUGAUGUUUGAAGGAAAAGCCAAUGAAAGCAACCCAAAACCUUCUGGCCCUCCUCCAGAGAGAGACAUAGCCAGCCUCCCUUGAAGAGGACAGGCUGAAAAAUUGGAACUGUUUGUUUUGCUGGUCUGUAACAGAGGUUACCUGUGCUUUGUUACUUUUUACUUCGGACAGUCUUAGUUUUCAACUAACCUGCCUUAGAGGAACAGCAAGGGAAGCUGGGGACCCCCAGCUCACAUCUUUCUGCUACAUCCCUUAGCCAGCUUGAUUUGUUAGAGAGAAGCUGUAGCACAAAAUGUAUUGUGAGACCAAAAAGAAAAAUAUUCUAUAGUCUUAUUCUUUCCUCUGCCCUUUCUGAAUUUUUUUUUUCCUUUAGAUGAAAAGGAGCUAUUUUCCUCCCAGCUUGUGGAUUUGGAGCUGUGCUUGUCUGUGCAGGUUCCUGAAGGGCCUCACUGCCAGAUGCUGAGCACUUCUCUGGCGGAGCCCUUGACAACAGCUUCAUGGGUGCAAAGAAUUAAGUGCCUUCACUGCUCCAGCCUCUGCCUCCUGCCUUUGGAGUAGUUCUUCCACUCCUGACCUGGCCAAAACAUAAGUCGGACUCCCACCUCUGUUGCCUAGUCUCAUCUUAGAUGAAGAUAAGAAGAUGCAUAGACACCAAAGGUCUGCUUACAGAGCCUUUAAGCUUGGAGGUGGGCAUGGCUUGCUGCAGGGACAGGCUUGUGUCUGCUCUUGGGUUCAUCCUGCAGUCAGAUCUUCUUGGUGAGCCUGAGCCAACUGAGCUGCUAGUGAUACUUUUCUAGUGCCCUUUAAGCAGAUCUUAAUCCCAGAUCUCAACAUCCCCAAUAGCCCCAGGAGUAAAGUCAGUUCAGUCAGCAUGUGAUGUUCUUGAUGUGCCUGGGUCCUGUUUUCCUAGAAGAGCCUUGCCUGCUGCUGAGGUUGGAAUGGUUCUGAGGGAAUAUUUCUUUAGCUGCUAAGUUCACAGUGAGGAUUUUUCUUUGGGCUUCACCUUGAACUAGAUGCAUAUCAUAAGUAUUUAGACUUGCAAAACUAACUGGCUGAAGUCCCUACCUCCCUGCAAUCAGCAGGGCUAGGGUGUCCCUCUGUUGGAGGCCAGUUCCUUCUACUACCACUUGCCUUCUGAGAGGACAGGGUAAAAUCUUAAAUAUAAGCUGUCAGCAGGAAUAUGAUCUGCAGGGUAGCCAUGCAGCCAGCAUCCUACUGGCUCCUACCAGAAGUGAGAUUAAAAAUGGGCAAGAAUUGUCUCCAGAUAACUGCUUUUGGCUCCUGGCUACAAGACAAAGACAAGAACUUUCCACAGGAUGCUUCUAAACCAGAAGGCUGACAGACUGGAGGGUGCCUCUGCAACCAUGAUGGAUUAUAAACCCACCUGAGCCCUGAGGUCCUCAGAACCUAAAGGAAUAAGUUCUACAGAACCUAAAAGAAUAAAUUCUGUAAAGUCUCAGCUGAGGAAAAGCUAUCAGCCCAUUGCUGCUUUUAAUACCUUGGGUCUUCCUCCCCCUUGCUGGCUUGCUAGGCUUUCCCUUGGCCUCCAUGACUUAUUGAUUAGCCACGGGGAGGGGGGAAGCAAGUAGCAAGUGAAGUCAGACCUGAUGUAAAAAAGGGAAGCUGCAACCCUAUCCUAAAGGGGUGGAAGGUACAACACCAGCCAGGGCAAGUGAGGAAGAUUAAAGCUGUCUUAUAACCACUCCCUGAGAAGUCUCUGUUUGGAUCAGAUCUGGAGAAUAAUCUCUGAACAGGUAGCUGUCCUUCUUGUCCACAAAUGUAGAAACAGGCCUGCUGUUAGGCCUUCCCUGAGGAAGGCUUAAGGGAAGCUGAACCUGCAGAAAACUGGGUGACUAAACUGAGCCCUGCAAGCCUUUCCAGACCACUGUGGCUGAGGAUCUUUCUUCAUGCUGCUGCGCUGUCUUCCUGAUUUUUGCAGAUCUCUCUGUAUGUGUUUCAGCUUUGUCCCAAUGUGACAAUUAGGUGCAUUUUCCUGAUGUAUAAAAUCAAGUCUGCAAAAUAGGAAUGGUUUUAAGUGUGUAGUAGGAUGCUGGGAUCUAGAUGUAGCUGGGCCUGUGCUAUCUACCUUCUGUACAGGUGGUGAUUCUUGCUCUAUGCAUAAAUUCUGGAAUCUGGAUAUUUGCUUUCUUCCCCUCCCCACUCUCUUACAUGUUGUUGGCAGCUUUUAACUUCUUUUUUUUAAAAUCAUGGUUUAAUAAUAAUUUUUAAAAGGAAAUACAGAUGAUUGUAACUCUGCUAGACUUACUGUUCUUGCCAAAGGCUGCACUUUUAAAUAAAAAAAACAAAUCCUCACUACUGAUUGCAUGAAAACCAGAACUGUAAUGGAGAGGAAAAAAUAUGAGAAAGAGCAGCACCCGUCUACUGUAAACACCAAAAAUAAAUCUUCUGAAAUGAUA